UUAUGGCUUGUGAGAAAUGCCAAAAUGAAAGAUGCCUCGGGUUUCAUAAACCACAGUUUUUCAGCUGCAUUCAAACUCUGAAAUUGGUCUUUUCUCUUUACUACAAACCAACAAAUGAAACAAAGGCUGUGAAAAUCUUUAUGCCUAUAUUGACUAUGUCACCACUAUCUCUGGGUGAGAACCAAAGUUCUGGUCUAUCACUGCAAAGAAGAAUAAACUUUCUCACUAAAAAUCCGUUACCUUUAUUCAACAGUCAUGAAUUAAUGCAAUAUGUAGCCAGUUUUAUUUAUAGGGAACACUCUUAUGUUCUUGUGUCAUUUUCGUCUUGUCUUCCCUUCCAUUCUCUGAUUUACCUGACAUUUUGAAGGCGUAGUUUUGUUUUUUGGUUGACGUGGCUAAACAAGUGGGGGAUUGAGAGGACCUGCACAUUUCCUUAAUAAUAUACACUAGAGUUCCCAGUGACAGUCAUGUUCCAUGUACUUGAUUGUUCCCAUGAAGCAAUUUUAUCUGGAUCUGGAAAUAUUACCAAAUUUCAAGCAAAUUUUGUCUGCAUUUUCACAAGGGGAAAUUCCAACUUCUAUGAAAGAUAGAACAAGCAAUGUGGCCUUCUUAAAAUGACCAUAUACUACAUGUAAAUGGCCCUGGUGAAAACAGAGGAAAAACAUAAGGAACACAUCACACUUAAGCAAAAGAAAUGUCUCUCUGGAUUGCCCAGUGCUUUGCCUGUGCCUUGGCAGUGGUGGUCUGUGUCAUGCUGAAACCAUCCCAAAGUCAAGCAUGUUCCACAGAGAAGAUGGAGAACAUCACUGUUGAUAUACAAAAGGCCCUUUCUAAAGGCAUCCGGGGGACAGAUCCAAUCUCAACUGCAUCUUCAGAAGCCUGUGUUAACAUGUGCUGUUUGGGGGCAGAAAUAGAAGGCAACAAGCUGUGCAACUAUGUAGUCUUUAAUGCCAAAAAGAAGGGCAAUUCUCCAAAUUGCUAUCUGUUUUAUUUUCCCACCACGGAAAUUUGCCCUGUGAAACAAGUAUUAGGUCUGGUGACCUACAGAAUAAUAAAAGAGAUCUCCAAGCCUGCUCCUAUCACAAGCGUGGUUUUUCAUCCUACUGUAAAUGGCAGUUUUAUGUCUGCACAAAUUGCCAUGUUUGAUCCUUAUAAUAUAACAAAUGCUUCCCAUGAACCAGAUCCUUUGCAGAAACCUAUUGCUUCUAAUCAGAUGGAAAUCUUGGAUCACUCAGACAGAAUUGAUGAACAUUCCCAAUAUCCAAAAGAGGAAAGGGGAAAUGAUUCAGAGAGGACACCACCACAUAAAAGUAGCAGUGUGUUGCUACCAGGUAUUGUUAAUCCUAUACAACACACUGUUCCAACUGCAGAACAUCCAGUUAAGCUGCCUGUUGUUACCACUGGCAGCCAGACUGUUACUGUUGCUACUCUAAGCUCACGUGUAUCUCCUAGCCGUACUACAAACACCAAGUCUGCAACAGUUUAUCAUGGAAAUACACCUUUAGAAGCUGCAAAUCCAAGAAGCACGAGUAUUUCCCAUCCAUCAGCUGCUUCUGAAUCUAGUGCCAGCAAGACCAACCAGUUACCUUCUAGUCUACCUACUAAAGAUUCUUCGGCUUCUUUAUAUUAUGUCCUCCUUCAUAAUGAACAGCAAGAGUUUGAAGGUGAUAAACUUGGUGGAAAUCUGGACCAGAAACAGACUGCUCUCUCUGUUGACCAAAGUGUACUUCUUAUUGCAUUGCUCUUUGGGGUGAUAUUCUUACUCUUGGUUACAGUGCUGGUAGGGAGGAAGAUGCUUGAAUCUCUUCAGCAAAGGCAAUACACUAGGCUGGACUACUUGAUCAAUGGUAUGUAUGCCAAUGUGUAACACAGAUGAUGGGUUAAAUUUGUCAUAUAGGUAGGAGGUCACCUUCCCUUUUUUAUAGGGCCAGGUCUAAACUUUAUACUAGGAACGUUCUGAUGUUUAAAGUUCCCUGUUGACAUCUUUUGCUCAUUUGUACUGUGGGCUGAUGGAAUGCUAAGUCUUCUGCUUCCCAUCUCAGGAAAUUGUGAUCGUUUGGAAUAUUGUCCUAUUGACAUGAUUUAUAACUUAAUAUUCAGGUCAUAUUUGUCAUAGUUAUUUGUCUGGCUGGGCAGUUUGUGUAAUGGCCAGAAUCACCAGUCUUCAGAGGCAAUCUAACCUCACUAUAGUCUAUCAAAAGUCAAACACAAAGGGAGAGAACCAGUCUGCUCAAGUAGAAUGGUCAUAUUACAUAAGGUCAGAUGAUGUAGAGGCAGAAGGCAAAGCUUCAUUUGUGUCUAUUUCUUCCCUGAUAUCUAAUAAGCCUGCUUACACAUUUCACUUCAGAAAAACUAAAGGCCAAGGUCCAAAUGCUAGUCUCAGCACAAAUAAAAUCAAUUGUAUUAGUAGAUGAAUGGUAAAUUAACAUGUAAGUCCCAUUGUUUCAACUGUAGCCAUUGGAUUUAGGCCAAAACCAAUGAUUUUGACUUUCAGGAAAGCAUAUUACAUAGCAUACAGUAUUUAUUUAAAUCAAAUAAUUCAUGUGACAUUACAUGUGAAAGCAAUACAUUUCCCACACCAGCAUCUAACAAAGCAAAGUGUAACACUAACACUUGGCCUGAGUCAAAUAGAGAGCAAAGUCUUACAAGAAACACAGCUGGAAACAGCAGCUCGCUCUUCUGUUCCUGUCAUAAUUACUGUGUGGAUUUUCCUGAUCCCACACUGGGUUUUUGCCUUACAGCAGCAGAGACCAGAGGUACAACUAGGACCAGAAUUAAUGGCGCCACAAUCUGUUCCUCCACCCCAAAUGGCCAUCUAGACAGAAUGACAGAAAGUGACCAAAAAUGUGGAUUAGUCCCUAGGUAUGCUAGUGCUCCCCAAGUUUGCUGCUUCUAUUUUUUUUAAAAAAAUAUAUAGCUUAGAAUCAUUUCUUUUGUUCUUUAAAAAUAUAAUAUCCUCUUCUAUAACCAAAUAAUACUUAUCCCCAGAUACUGUAUUUAAUAUCAGAGCAGCCGAAACAAACUCCAUUUUAAUCCAGGAGCUGAUAUGAUCCUGUGAUUUAGGUGAGUGCAAAAUUCCCUUUUUAAAAAAAUCAGGUUUGGCAAACAGGUUUCAUUUUUUGUUUGUUGCUGUAAUAUAUCAGAAAUGUAGAAGCACUUGUAAAGCUGCAGCUGUGGAUGGGGUGGAGGGAAAAGAAGACGUAUUCGUUGUGUGCUUCACAACUGUCAUUCAUGUGGCCCUCUGAAGUGAGACAAGAGGUAAGCAAUAACACCAUUAAGUACUUGGACUAAAAUUACUUGACUGCACCCUGGAAACAUGCAACUUAAUGAUGCCUGAUAUGGGGUAAAUUAUAUAGGAUGUUAUGGAAGGAAGGGAGAAACUUGGGCAGCCUUUUAAGCAGUAGUCCUCUGUAAUAUUUAGUUCUCCUUUGAGGUCUUAGUAGCAUCUGCAGGGAUUUUUUUAAUGAGCCACCAGUUAAUUUAGACAUUCCCCUUCCUUAAAAAUCACUACUUAUUCUCUUAAAGAUGUAGCAUACAGCUGUUUCAUUGUACUUUGUAAUUAAAUCAGUACAAAUCAAAUGAAAUGUUUUUGACCUUCUGAAUGUCUUAUUGCUGUUCUGUAUGUUUUUAUAUAUGUAUCUGCUUAAAUUUUUAGUAUAAUGAUAUUUGAAAGAAAUAUCAGCUUGCAUAAAUGCAAUGAGAAGCUUCCUCAAGCAACCACCUUUGAUAAGGGUCAGUGCCACUCUUGAACAUCCAGGAAUAAGAGCUUAUAUUACCUGUGGGCUAUUGGUCUAUAUUUCCUGACAUCUAGGCAAAAUGUACUCUACUUUAAUUCAUUGCUACUUAUCUGCCCUUCAUAGAAUCAUAGAGUUGGAAGAGACCACAAGGGCCAUCCAGACCAACCUCUUACCAUGCAGGAACUCACAAUCAAAGCACUCCUGACAGAUGGCUAUCCAGCCUCUGUUUAAAUACCUCCUAAGAAGGAGACUCCAUGAACCUCUGAGGGAGUGUGUUCCACUGUCUAACAGCUGCUACUGUCAGGAAGAUCUUCCAAUACCGCAAUUUGGUUGUUCUUGAAUACUGCUGGCAGGAACAGCAGUAAACUUGGAAAUGUCACAUACUUCAUUCAGCUUCAAUUUAAUAAAAUCGCUGUAUGUUGGAUAAUCCAGGGAUAAUUUCCCACACGAUAUUUCUUUAUAUACCAUCUCCCAGGUUAUUUUUUUAAAUUUACAUGGUCCCAAAUUCCAUUAAUUUAGCUGGACUAUAGAACUGAGAAACUGGAUGGGCUACAGAAAUUGCUACCAAUUACACAGUUCUCCCCCUGCAAGACCUGACAGGCAGAAUACUCCACUCACAUUCUCCAUAUAAUUCUUCCUAAUGUUCUCUUAGUUUGAUUACCUUAAAUUACAUAAAAUAUAUAAAUGACUACAUACUCUUACAGUUAUUUCUCAGAGCUACUGGCAAUAAUCUUUGAGAGCUCCUGGAGAACAGGGGUAGACCCAGCAGACUGGAGGAAGGCUCUACCUCUUAUCUCUGAUUGUUUCCUAGUAAGAUGUUGGUUUAUCCUGUGGGAUAAGGCAUGAUCUGUAGCCUGCCAAGUGGUGUUUGACUGCAACUGCUGUCAUUCUUCAAUUUAAACACUUAUGCCUGAGCUUUCUCAUUUUCACCAUUCUUCUUUUCCACCUCUUUUCUUUUGUGCUACAUCUUUUAAAUUAUUGACUCUAAACAAGAACAGUUUUACUACUGAUAUUUGAACUUGCUACUGCCUUCAGAGCAUUUUCAAUAUGCACUGCAAACAAAUGCUUUAAAUAAAAAAAGUAUCUGA